AUGAACUAUAAUAAAAUAACACUCUAUAUAAUAAUUUUUUAUUUUUCCUUAUCCUUUUUUCACACUUAUAUUGUUAUUAAAAAGUUUAAUAUAUAUUCUAAACAUCUCUUUUCUCAAGCCUGUAACAGAUACACACAUAAUAUAUUAAAAAAAAAAAAAAAAAAAUGUACAUAUAAUAUUAAUUAUUAUUCGUUUUUAUCACCUCAUGUAGAGGUCUUUAAUAUUAAAACGGAAAAAAAAGAUACCUUCUCAAUUUAUAUGAACAAUAAGAGUCAUCAAACAGAUGAUCAUAUAGAUGAUCAUAUAGAUGAUCAUAUAGAUGAUCAAAUAGAUGAUCAAAUAGAUGAUCAAAUAAAUGAACAUAUAGAUGAUCAUUUAAAUGAUGAUGCAUACCAUACAACAAAUGCAAAGCAUAUAAGAGAAAGCCAGGAGCAUGAAAUAUCUACAGAUUGUAAUAAAAUGAUAGAGCCAAAAAAAAAAAAAAAAAAAAAUAUUAAAAAGAAUAAAAUAAGAAUAAAAGUAAUGAAGGAAAAUAAAUUGAAAAAUAAAAAAUUGACGAAAAAAAAAAAUUUAUUUAAUAUAAAUGAGUACAGUACGUCAGAUGAUAAUAGUAUUAUGAUGAACGAGGAAAAAGAAGAAGAACAAGAAGAACAAGAAGAACAAGAAGAACAAGAAGAACAAGAAAAACAAAAUUAUGAUGAUGAUAUAAAACAACAACCCCUUCAUUGUGAUGAUACAAAUGAAAGUAUUCAGAUUUCAUCUAAUAAGGAUCAUAAACAAAGUAUUAUAUCAAAUUCUCAACAAAUAAAUGAUAAUUAUUUUUAUGAUGAAAAAAAAAUGUCGACAAAUAUAUAUACAUCUAAUAAUAAUAUAUACAAUAAAGAUACACAUGAAGAUAUUAAAAUGGAUGAUAUAAAUAUUGAAGAAAAUCAAAAGAAUAAAAAAAAGAAAGAUGUUGAAUUAAAAAUAAUCCGUAAUUUACCUUUAAUAUCAAUUAUUGGUAGACCUAAUGUUGGUAAAUCGACCAUUUUUAAUCGACUUACUAGAAAAUAUCAAGAAGGUAGUAUUGUUUUAGAUGUUAGUAGCACAAGAGAUAAAUUAUAUGGAGAAGUGGAGUGGGAAGGAUAUAAAUUUGAACUGGUAGAUACAGGUGGCUUAGUGUUUGAAGAAGAAAAGUUUUCAAAAGAAAUAAAAGAUCAAAUUCUUAUGGCUCUAAAAGAAUCAUCAGUUGUUAUUUUUGUUGUUGAUGGUAUACAUGGUGUGGAUCCUAGAGAUAUUGAAAUCUGCAGAUUUUUAAGAAAAUAUAUAAAUAUAAAACAAUCAAAAGGAGAAGACAUCAAUAAAAAGGUAAACGUAAAUGUAAAUGCAAAUGUAAAUGUAAAUGUAAAUACAAAUGUAAAUGUAAACGUAAAUGCAAAUGCAAAUGUAAAUGCAAAUGUAAAUAUAAAGGAACAAGAAAUUGUUGAUUCACAAGCAUAUGAUAAUAAAAAUAUAAAACAGUUAGAUGAUAAAGAGGAAAAUUUACAAAGAUAUGAUAAAAUAAAUCAGUAUGAUAUACAAAAUAAUAUAAAAAAAAAAGAUACAUAUAAUAAUACAUCUAAUGAUGUAAAGGAGAAUACUAAUAAUGAUUGUAAGAAAGUACCAAUAAAAGUUAUUUUAUGUGUAAAUAAAUGUGAAUCUUAUAAAGAUGGUUAUUAUAAAGCACAAGAAUUUUGGUCCCUGGGAUUUGGAGAUCCAUUUCCUUGUAGUGGAAUUCAUGGGAAUGGUCUCUCAGAAAUUUUAGAUGAAUGUAUUAAACAUAUAGAUAAAAUAAAAAUAAAUGAAUUAGAUGAUAAUAUAAAUGAAGAAAAUACUAUUAAUAUUAGUUUUAUAGGGAAACCAAAUACUGGUAAAUCUAGUAUAUUAAAUAAAAUAUUAAAUUGUAAUCGUUUUAUUGUUUCUCCUCUAGCUGGAACUACUGUAGAUUCUAUUGAUGUUCUAGUUAAAUUAAAAAAUAGUGAUCGUAUAUAUCGUCUUAUUGAUACAGCAGGAAUACAAAAAAGAAAAAAAAAUGUAUCUUUUAAUAGUAAAACAAAAUAUGAAUAUCUUUUAUAUAAUAGAACAGAAAAAGCUAUAAAAAGAAGUGAUGUAUGUAUUCUUGUAAUCGAUUCUUUUAAUGGUAUUAGUACACAAGAUAUCAAUAUUGCUAGAAAAAUUCUACAAGAAAAUAAAAGUUGUAUUAUCUGUUGUAAUAAAUGGGAUCUAAUAUAUAAUAAAAAUGAUAUUUUUAAUGAUACCAAAAAUUAUGUUCUAAAUCUAUUAAAACCUAUAGAUUUUUCUAAUAUUCUUUUCAUGUCAGCUAAAACUUCUCAAAGAUUAUUAAACAUAUUUGAUCUUGCUGAACAAACAUAUCAAAAUUAUAUUAAACGUGUUAAUACAAAUACUCUAAAUGAAAUUAUUAAAGAAGCAUUAUUAUUAAGACCACCUAUUCCAAUUAAAAAUAAAUCCUUAAAUAUAUAUUAUGCUUUUCAGUCUCAUAUUAAACCACCAGGAUUUGUUUUCAUUUGUAAUUCAGAAAAAUCAGCUUAUCUUAACUAUACUAAAUAUCUAGAAAAUAGAAUACGUGAAGCAUUCAAUAUUAAAGGUACACCCAUCAAAAUCUAUUACAAACAAAAAAAAUUAAGAAAAAUUAUCAACAAACAGAAAAAACCUGAUAAAUAUAAUCUAGACAUACAGGCCAUUCAAAAAAAUUUUCAAAAAAUGCAAUCCCAAGGAAAAAAAUAA